GUGUUGCUGCUGCUGCUGCUGAAGUACUAACAAUUCAGUGUGAUAAAUGUAAAUAGAAAAUUAUUGUCUAUCUAUUGCCUGUGCUGAUAUUCAUAUAGUUUAUUACUAAUCGAAUCCGUUAAUUUCGGUUUAACUAUGGAUUUUUUGUAGGUUAGAUUACAUUCAUUAAACAAUUCUGAUAGUACCCAGUUAAAACAGUGUAUAGAACAAGAAUCCGUUUAACCUAAUAAGUUUUGUAAACUUAUUUUAGAUCACAUGUUUAUAUAUAUAUUUUUGUUUUUUUUAUUAAUCUAUCAAAAGUAAAGUGUAUGUUCACAAUUGUAAUCGGUAAAUAAGAUUUUGCCAGUAAUGUAUUCCUCUUUGAUGGUGCAUUAUGUGUGUAAGAUAGUGAAAAAAGUGAAUCAUAAAUUGAACUGUUCACUUUGAUGAAAACAUUUUAUUUUCAAAUUUGAUUUUAUUGAAGAAAUGGAAUCAGAAAUUAAUACAAAGACAUUAAUAGAUGACAAUCAUCAGCUUAAUAAAAUCAGUACAGAACAGGCUGACAGAGAAGAUGCAGCAAAUACAGAGCUGACAGUAACAAAAGAAGACGAUGGGGAGGACGAUACCGAUUACGAAGGCACGACACAGAUGGUGUACGUUCCUCGGUCACAGAAAAUGAAAGAUUCCACGAAUACGUCUACCAUGAAGGUUAAUAUCGAGGGUAUGAGAUGCCAGAGCUGUGUGAAGAACAUCGAGGGAACCAUAGGUAGCCGACCGGAGGUUUUAAGCGUUAAAGUAAUUCUAGAAGAGAAGCUCGGUUACGUCGAAUAUAAAGCGGAAGAAAUUACGCCGAACGAAUUGGUCGAAGCGAUAGAGGAUAUGGGUUUCACCGCUUCCCUAUGCAGCGACGAACGUAAAGAUACCGAAAAGAUACAAAAAAGUGAUUCGUUAGAAUUAACUAUCAGUACUUGUACCGUACAUAUCGAUGGAAUGACUUGCACAUCUUGUGUUAAAACUAUUACUAAUGGUUUAUCGGAGAGAGCAGGAAUAAAACAGGCGAACGUUAGUUUAGAAAAGAAGGAAGCUAUGGUUUCUUAUAACGACAAGGAUCUAACGGCUGAACAAAUAUCAGGAUUCGUCGAAGAAAUGGGUUUUAAUUCGUUUGUUAAAGAAGUAAACGGUAAAGUUCUAGGAGAGGAAACACCAGUGAACUUGCCGUUAAAAAACAAUUCUACGCAAGAGGAACUUCCGUUGCAAAUGAAUGGUGGAGGCGAUGUAAAGACUCGAAACGAAACAGCAAAAUGCUUUUUACAUAUAACGGGGAUGACCUGUGCUUCCUGCGUUGCUGCCAUAGAAAAACAUUGCAAAAAAUUAUACGGUGUAAAUAAUAUCUUGGUCGCAUUGAUGGCGGCCAAGGCAGAAAUUACGUUUGAUCCGAAUAAGAUAAGAGCGAUUGAUAUCGCUUCUAGCAUAUCGGAAUUGGGCUUCCCUACUACUUUGAUCGAGGAACCUGGCACUGGAGAGGGAGAUAUUGAAUUAAAAAUCACAGGUAUGACAUGUGCAUCUUGCGUGAAUAAGAUAGAAUCGACUGUGAGGAAAUUACCAGGUGUCCAUUCUGCCGCAGUUGCGUUGGCAACUCAACGUGGAAAAUUCAAAUACGAUGUAGAAAAAAUUGGCGUCAGGGACAUUAUCGAAUGCAUUAACAAAUUAGGUUUCACCGCCAUGUUAUUUAGUAAUAAAGAUAAAGAAAACAGAGACUACUUGGAUCAGAGGGAAGAAAUAAACAAGUGGCGGACAGCGUUUUUAGUGUCCUUAAUUUUUGGCAUACCGUGUAUGUUAGCCAUGACAUACUUUAUGGUAAUCAUGUCUAUUGGUGAAAAAACGCAUGAAGAUAUGUGUUGCGUAGUUCCUGGUCUUUCCUGGGAAAACUUAAUCCUUUUCAUAUUUUCUACACCAGUCCAGUUUUUUGGCGGCUGGCAUUUUUACGUUCAAGCGUACAAAGCUUUGAAACACGGUACAACUAAUAUGGAUGUUUUAAUUUCUAUGACUACCACGAUAUCUUAUUUGUACUCUGUCGCCGUACUUACAGCGGCCAUGAUAAUGCAGGAACACGUUAGUCCUCAGACAUUUUUUGAUACUCCUCCGAUGUUGUUAGUGUUCAUCAGUUUAGGAAGAUGGUUAGAACAUGUCGCAAAGGGUAAAACCUCGGAGGCGUUAUCGAAAUUAUUGUCUUUGAAAGCAACGGACGCGGUCCUGGUUACUUUGGGCCCUAACAAUGAACUACUAUCUGAGCGUUUAAUCAGCAUAGAUUUAGUACAACGAGGCGAUGUCUUAAAAGUAGUGCAAGGUGCCAAAGUUCCCGUCGAUGGUAGAGUUUUAUCAGGCAAUUCUACUUGCGACGAGAGCCUAAUUACUGGGGAAAGUAUGCCGGUGCCAAAAAAGAAGGGAUCGGUUGUAAUAGGUGGCUCGAUAAAUCAAAACGGUCCGCUUCUAAUUACUGCCACGCAUACAGGAGAACACACGACAUUGGCACAAAUCGUACGAUUAGUAGAAGAGGCACAAACGAAUAAGGCACCUAUCCAACAUUUAGCCGAUAAGAUAGCUGGUUAUUUCAUACCUCUUGUUAUAGUUGUUUCUAUAGUAACUUUACUCGUUUGGAUAAUAGUGGGAUAUGUAAAUGUAAACAGUUUGCCAAUCUCGCACAACGAUCAAAUCAAUAAACACGGAAUGAAUAGAGAAGAAAUUAUAUUUCAAUAUGCUUUUCGAAGCGCGCUUUGCGUAUUAGCAAUAGCUUGUCCAUGCGCGUUAGGAUUGGCUACGCCAACUGCCGUUAUGGUUGGUACUGGAGUCGGAGCAUUAAAUGGUAUCUUAAUAAAAGGUGCUGAACCAUUGGAAAAUGCGCACAAAGUUAAAUGUAUUGUAUUUGAUAAGACCGGAACAAUAACACACGGUAUACCAAUGGUAACAAAGAUAAAUCUCUUUGUAAAUGAAACAGCUUAUUCACUAGCAAAGUUCUUAGUCAUUAUCUGUACAGCUGAAACAAAUAGCGAACAUCCAAUCGCAUCAGCAAUUGUGCGGUACGUGAAGGAAACAAUAGGCUCUGAAGCAACUGGACAAUGCAUGAAUUUUCAAGCAGUUGCUGGUUGCGGACUUAAAUGUAAAGUAUCACAUAUUUCAACUACGUUGGCCGAUGCAUUAAAAUCUGAUAAGAUUCUUAACUAUAUUAACGAGGUGAAAAGAUUACCUUCUGGAACGCAUAACUUAAAUAAUGUGUCGAUCGAUGUUACGCCAAUUUCGAGCACGAGACAAAAUUUGGAAUUGUUGCUAAGUCCGGAUUCCCAUGGUGACCAGACUAAUCCUGACGAUCUAUAUGAAAUUUGCGUUGGUAACAGAGAGUGGAUGCGAAGAAAUGCUAUUAACAUACCACAAGAAGUAGAGUUGAAAAUGGUUACUGAAGAAGAUCUAGGACAUACUGCUGUUUUAGCAGCAGUGAAUAAUGUACUGGUGGCUAUGAUCAGCGUAGCAGAUACGGUUAAACCAGAAGCCCAUCUGGCAAUUUAUACUUUGAAAAAAAUGGGUUUAGAAGUCAUUCUUUUAACAGGAGAUAAUAGAAAGACCGCUGUUUCUAUUGCUAGACAAGUUGGUAUUACUAGAGUAUUUGCAGAAGUGUUACCUUCGCACAAAGUUGCUAAAAUUCAGCGUUUACAAGAUCAAGGCUUAAGAGUUGCAAUGGUAGGAGAUGGUGUCAAUGAUAGUCCUGCCCUUGCACAAUCAGAUGUUGGCAUUGCAAUAUCUUCUGGUACGGAUGUUGCUGUGGAAGCUGCCGAUGUAGUCCUCAUGCGAAAUGAUCUUCUAGAUGUUAUUGCGUGUCUGGAUCUAUCGAGAAAAACAGUUCGUCGAAUAAGGUUGAAUUUUUUAUUUGCUAGUAUCUAUAAUUUGUUGGGUAUUCCUAUUGCUGCUGGAAUAUUUAGUUCUUUCGGAUUCUUCCUUCAACCUUGGAUGUCGUCAGCGGCGAUGGCAUUAAGCUCAGCAUCUGUAGUUGGUAGUUCUUUGUUACUAAAAUUAUAUCGUAAACCGACGAAGACCACUUUAGAGACACCAGAAUAUUUAUCAGCGAUGCAUGCUCAUUCUACUGCAAGAAUGAUUGAUUUAGAUACAAUAUCUCUUCAUCGUGGUUUAGAUGAUACUGUAAUACCUAUUAUGCAUAGAUCAACAUCGACAUUGUCCAGGCUAUUUAGGAGAUCUAAGGACGAUGUAGAGGGUCGUCUCCUAGGUGAAGAUAUUGAUGAAAUAGAUUUGGUAACAGAUUUUUCUGGAUAUCGAAAAAAUAUAAAGGACCAUACAAACAUAACACCCUUAUGACUUGUUUUACAAAAGGAAACGAAAGCAAGCAAAAUGCGAAGAACCUUGAUAGUGCUUUCAUAAAUUCAUUGUCUUCUUUUACAUUAAGUUCAUGGAUAGUAUUAUCAUUUUUACAUUUUUUAUUUCAAAUGAAAUGAUUAAUAACUUUUUGUAUUGCAUUAUAUGUAUUUUGUACUUAACAUUUUUUGUAUAAAAAGAUGCAGUCAUUAUUUUGUAAGAAAUCAAAAGAGAUUUUGUAUGAAAAUCAUUAAUAUAUUUCAAUACUAAGUAUUAUGAAAGUGAUACUUAAAAAGCUUAUUGGGACCAUGUUUUAAUUUAAUUAGGUACAAACUUAAAACGCUUUAAAUUUUAUCAUAGUAUAUAUUUUAUUUGUUACAAAAACAUAAUGAAUUUUUACAGCUUAUGGAUUGUAUAAAUUGUAAUUAAAAUUCUCAACUCGAAUAUUGCUUAAUAAACUAUAAUACCUCAACUUAUAUAAUUAUA